AGAGCGGACGGUCGGCCGCGUGUCGCAUAAUUCGCGAUUUAAUCGGUCGAUGAAUAAAUUUUGAUUGAUGAUAAUUUAUUCAUACCCGAAGUUAAUAGGUGCAAAAGUGUUCGUGCCAUGUUUCUGUAUUUUCGUAGAUCGACUUCAGGUUGCGGGCGUACCCUCCGCCGUUAUAGCGCCGUAGCAACUGAGGUCGAAGGUUCAAAAGCGCGACAGCAGCUACGAUGUCUCCUGGACGAGCAACUGUCGGCCAUAAAAGCAGCCGGGACUUGGAAGGCAGAACGCGUCAUCACAUCCCCGCAAUCGAUGAAGAUCACCGUCAAACAGGGCAAACAGCCCUUGCUAAAUUUCUGUGCCAACAAUUACCUCGGAUUGUCGAACAAUCCAGAAUUAGUUAAUGCUAGUAAAAAAAGUUUGGACGAUUAUGGAGCAGGUCUGUCUUCCGUAAGAUUUAUAUGUGGAACACAAAAUAUUCAUAAGGAGCUAGAGCAAAAAAUAUCAAAGUUUCACGGUAGACCUGAUACAAUACUGUAUCCUUCUUGUUUUGAUGCCAAUGGAGGUCUAUUUGAAGUGUUGCUCUCUCCUGAAGAUGCAGUUUUCAGCGAUGAACUGAAUCAUGCAUCCAUAAUUGAUGGAAUUCGGUUGUGCAAAGCUAAGAAGUAUCGAUAUAAACAUCGAGACAUGAGUGAACUAGAGAAACAAUUACAAGAGGCAGGGUCGUGUAGGCAAAGAUUGAUUGUGACAGAUGGAGUAUUUUCCAUGGACGGAACUGUAGCACCUCUUCCUGAAAUUUGCGAUCUUGCAGAUCGUUAUAAUGCUUUGGUGUUCAUUGAUGAAUGUCAUGCCACUGGAUUUUUUGGAAAAACUGGCAGAGGCACAGAGGAAUACUAUGAAUUAAAUGGACGUGUAGAUAUAAUAAACAGUACCUUAGGGAAGGCCUUAGGCGGGGCUUCCGGUGGAUAUACGACAGGGCCGGCUGAAUUAAUUCAACUGCUCAGACAACGUGCGAGGCCGUACCUGUUCUCGAAUUCACUUCCCCCACCAGUAGUUGCUGCAGCUUCUAAGGCAAUGGAUUUGCUGUUAACGUCAAGUGACUUAUGUGAAAAAGUAAAGACAAACACCCAAAGAUUCCGAGAGCAAAUGACAAAAGCUGGAUUCACACUAAGCGGUAAAGAUCAUCCCAUUUCACCAGUGAUGCUUGGUGAUGCUAAACUUGCUGCCGAUUUUGCUGAUGAAAUGCUCGUCAAAGGAGUGUAUGUGAUAGGCUUCAGCUACCCAGUAGUACCUAUUGGCAAGGCAAGAAUAAGGGUACAAAUUAGUGCAGCUCACAGCACAGAAGAUAUCGAUAAGGUUGUGCAGGCAUUUAUAGAAACCGGAAAGAAAUUUGGUGUGAUAUAG